AUGAAAUAUCGCCGGCAGAGCUUUAUCUUUUUAUUCGUUCUGUCUGGUCUGGCGAUUCUUCGUUGCUCGAGCGAGGAGAUCACGCUGAGCAUCAAUCUUAAAGAACCCGUCGCUGUGACCGACGAGAAAUUUCUCAGUCUUACCAUUGAUCCAGUAACUCUAUUAGCCGGGAAUGCGCUAAGCGCGGAUUUCGAGAGAAGCAUAAAUCUGGCGAGAGCCUUGAGCCCUGCAUAUUUACGAUUCGGAGGACCACGUAAUUCCCUCUACUACUUUACCGAGUCGAAUUCUCAGGACGCCGAUGACGAGAGAAAGAUAGUACUAUCUGCGUGUGUUAUGAUCGUAGAGUCAGACUGGGUUCUGACCCAUCAAUGGGCGGAAAAGGCAAGAUUGGAUGUGAUCGCCUGCAUUUCGCCAGACAAUCGACAAAAGGAGUUCGAGGAGUCCGAAAAUGCGAUGGAGAUCAUUUCAUUCAGCGAUCACAUGGAUUUUAAUGCCAACUGGCAGCUGGGAUAUGAGUGCCAAAUUAGAUGCAAUCUAUCGGCUGGUGAUUUAGGGAAACAGACGGUCGGCCUGCGAAAAGUAUUGGACGAAUACCCCAGAUACUCGAGAAGCAUCGUUACUGGGCCUGACGUCGUCGCUUAUAACAGCGUCAAGUAUCAGGAGUAUCUUCGAGAUUACUUCGACGUUGCCGCGCCUGCACUCUCGGCCGUCACGUGGCAUCCCGACUUCGACAGCGUUACUCUGGGGAACGGUGGAGCCUUCAUACAUCAGGAUAAUUUAGAGGAGGAGAAGGAAGAGAUGUUCAAAGUCAUAGGCCGUUUUGUAGAGAAUAAACCAUUAUGGAUUGCCGAGUCAAGUCCAGAAGAAUGCAAAAGCUUAUUCAUCGGAGCGCUCGUUUUGACCAGAAGGCUGGGAAACGCGGCAAAAUUGAACGUGAACGUGUUCAUGAGGCAACCAACAGACCUGACUCGACCAACUCCAGACUACUGGGUGUCUCUUCUUCACAAAACUCUCGUUGAACGACAAGUAUUCGACGCGAGGAUUCAAACUGGCAACGAGAAUCAUAUCUAUCUUUAUUGCCAAUGCGCGAGAGCUUCGAACAGGCACGAAAGAGGAUCUAUCGUGAUCUUUGGUGUGAAUCUGAGGCCAGAGGACGUCGCGAUUGAUUUCGAAGGGGCCGAGAUUACCACUGUUCACGAGUACAUUCUUUCGCCAGGUCUCGAUGCUCCUAACAGAAUGUUUGCCAAAACCAUUUUCUUAAACAAUAAAUUGCUGACUCUAACCAACAACACUAUCCCUGAGAUACGUCCGAAGGUUUUGAACGACUCGAGAGGUCUGGAUCUUCAAUUACAAUCGGGUGACAUCGGUUUCUGGGUUGUUCCCGAUUUAAAGAUAAAAUCUUGCAUGAAAGGUGACGAUACAUCGCGAGCAAAAAUCUCGCGUAAUUACAAAAACGUGGAGGACGUGAAGAUACGCGUUAAAAGAUCUGUACGUCGGCAUCGAGCAGCUACGAGGAACGAAAAGAUAAACCGAAUAAGCGACGGCUCGACGUUUAAGUCAAACGUAAAGAGAGAACUGAAGAGACUGAGGAGAUUCGUGAAAAGGAAGUUGAACGAUUACGAGAGUAGAUCGCUGUUAAACAUCAGAGGAUUAUCCGGCGAGAGAACCGGCGAUGUCUCGACCCAGCCCGAAGAAAACAUGCAGAGCAAAUUGCAAGAGUUCAAGAAUCGUCUCGCUCGUAUCAGAGAUCUAAUAACCUCGAGCGACACGAGGAUCGAAUUGAGAAAGCCGAUUGCCGACCUCGUCACGGACGCGAUCUCUUUGAUGAUGAAGAUACAGAACACUCUGAAAGCCAUCAAGAAGCAAACCGACCAGGAAAAUAGGAAAAGAUCGUCCGACAGUGUCAGAGAGUCCCUGAACACCUUGUACGAGCGUUUAGCUCGCGGUAACUUGGACGAGCCGAUCGACUCUGAAAAGAGACGGACGAACCAAGACUCUAAAAGGACCAGGAGAGAUCUACUCGCGGAGAUCGAGGGAUCUACGGCCUUGAAAAGGGACAGUCAUUUACGAAGCGGCAGAGAUCGUAAAAGCGACCCGAGGUUUGCGUGGCCGAGAGAAAACACGUACUUGAAAAAACACGUACAACCGAGCGUCGUGGAGUUCGAAAGCAACGACAGCGGAGGAAACACGUUUCGCGAGCUUUUCAAAGGAAAUCCGGUGGAAGAUUUUUCGGAGGACGAUGCGUUCUACGAACACUCCCCUCGAAACAGAGGCUACGAUUACGUGUUCGUUGAAGAUUCUCCUUUGCGCCGUGAUUACUCGAAGAACGACGAAUUGAAAAUCCGGAGGAAACUUUCAAAGAUGGAUUAUGAUAUCGUGAACGAUCGUCCGUGGACUGGCUACGAAAACACUUACGAUUAUCCCUUGUACGAGCCCGCAGAUCUCGUUGAUAGUUUAACGCCUUAUCGGAAAGAUCCGAUGGAACUAAAUUCGAAAGAGUCUGGCGAAGUGUGGGAAGAACAAAUUUACAAUCCUCGGGUAAUCAAUGGAUUCGGCAAUGAGAAAGGAUUUGACGUUGUGAAUUUGGGAAUGACUGGAUCAAGUGGAGAUCACGAAAUUGAUAAAGGCAGGCCGGAAGAAUUAAAUGAUUAUUACGAACUCGGUGACAUUCUACGGAAUCACAGGCCUUACGUACACAACCCUUUGAUCGAACCUGAUGCGUUUGCCAGAGGAACCUAUAGAUCUCGGGGAAAUGACAGACUUGGUAAUGAGAAGGAAUUGAAAUUCGUAGGGAUUCGGUCGAACGAAGAUCACAAAGUCCAAGACGAUAACGGUGGAUUAAGAGGAGCGAACGAUUACCGCGAAUCCAGUAAUCUUCCUAAAAAUCAUAGACCCAUAUACAGCCCUUUGAUCGAACCUGACGCGUCCGUUCUUCGAUAUAUAUUGACUAGACAGCCAUCGAACGAAAGGAAGGAUUAUUAUGCAAAUAAAAAAUCUCUCCCUGAUUACUAUCCAAGUUCUAUUAUAAAAGGACCGGAUUUCUCGAUCGGAUCUGCUUCUCGUGGAAAUACGAGAUCCAAGAGAAGGGACGAAGAUCUGCACGCGAUGUUCGACGAAGAGAUGAUCAACGAGGACGACGCGAACUCGAGGGACUGCAAGUGCAGAGUGGUUAGAAAUUCGAGAAGCUGCGGCUGCCGAUCGAAGAGAGACGCUGUUGAAUCUUUGAAAUCUCUGGAGUCUGAGGUUGAUCAAAUUCCAGUUGUAGGGCAACUGAGCAAGGACAUAGUUAAAUCGAACAUACGCGAACAUACAGACGUUGAGAUAUUUUCAGAAUUCAACGAGCACCCGUUCGAGAAAGAAUCUUCGAGUCCGGAAAUUAAUCGAGACGCGAAGGAUCGUCCCCGCGACGAUGCGAAUGUACGAGAAUCUUCUUCAGAAGUCAACGGUUCGUACCUGAAUCCGGAUCUGCUCGUUCGAGAGGAGCCUUUAACCACUGGCGAAGCGUGCGAGGAAACGUUUGCAACAUUGAUGACACGGGAUCCUUACGAGAAAAUGGAAUCACAAACUGAAUCCUCAAACGCGAAAAUCAGCGACGCGAGGACGUCGUUGGAUGCUGAACCGGGCGAAGGUGUGACUCGCGACGACGCAGAAUCAUUCGAAAUCAAAAGCAGCGCGUAUGCAGCGAGUUCGGAUGCUUCGAGUCGGAAGCCGUUGAUCAGCGACGAACGCGAAGAAACGUUCGCGAAGUUAACGAAACGAAACCCUUUCGAGAAAGUAGAAUUGCAAACCGACAUCGAAUCCGACUGGAACACAAAGAUCAGUCGCGAUACGAUGUCACAGGCUGAAUCGGUGCUGGCUGAAACAAACUUGGAGGAUUUGAACAAAGAUGUAGUGGAUCGUUCGGACGUGGAAGAAUUUUCAGUGCUCACGGACUCGUCCGCGCAGAACUGGGAGUUACAGGACGAGUCCUCGAACGUGGAAAUUGUACGAAACGAGAAGACACCGUCGUCGUUGCAAAUUGAAACGAGCGUGGAGAACAAUGGAGAGAUCCCCCCUCUGCAAAGCAGAUCAGACUUCGAAACAUCAUCAUCCACAGAUCAGUCGUUGACUUUGGAUUUAAAAGCGCGCGACGAGACUACGUUUUUUCUCGGGGAACCUGACGAGAAGAGGGGGGAGGAGGCGACGACUAAUACUGCGAAGUAUACUGCGUUUAAUCGGGAAAGUUCUACGUCCUCCGUUGUCGUUGGCGAGGCGAAGGGAAACGCAAAGGAGAAAGGAAAUGCCGAGGAAGCUGAGACUCCGAGAGCGGAAAGUUCAAGUACGACAGUUACCAAGGCGGUUUCCUCUUUAUCAGAGGAAACUAUCGGGCAAGAAUCUGAAAACAAUUACGAUAACGGUAACGUUGUCGCAGCGAACUCGAAACGGGAGGCCAAACUCCAAGAGGCGCAACUUCCCCGUGAAAAAGCCGAGGUCGCGAGCCUGCUCGCUCAGCCAUCCGGCCAGAGUAAGAGGAGAUUAAACGUUUCGAAGCCUCGGGCGUCGAAGAGAGUGGAAACACUCAAGGCGCUGAAAGAUCUGUUCCUCAAAUUAAAAGAAGAAACGCGCGGCUCCAAGUCGGCCGCAAAGUGGAGAUCGCAGAUCAACAAGCAGAGGAACGAACCGAGGCAGAUUAAACAAUUGCGGAAGAAAUUACGCGAUAAGAGGCAGAUGAUACUGCGGAAAUGCGAGAGAGGCAUUCGCGGUAUGAUAGAUAAUAUGGAGCAAGACGCGGAGGGAAGAAAGUUAAAAAGAAGGGAAGCCUGGGAGAGGAUCAGAGACAGCGAAGAUUUUCGAGAUAUGAUUGAUCGCGAGAAACUGGCUUACGUAUUGAUGUAUCAGCCGGCCAAGUACAAUUCGAAAAGGGAGGUCAGCUCGAGCGAAGUAGCCGAGAGGAUAGAAGUAAUACCGGAAGUGACCGAGAUCGUCCGAGCGAGAAACGUUAGACAGAGAGUUUUUAAUCCGAGCAAUCAGAGAAACUUCCAAGAUACCACGCUCGUGGAACAUCCCGAUCCUGCCAAAUUAAGAAAGAAGAUUAUACAACUGGCCAAUUUGCGUCGGGAUGAAAAGUCAAGUAGAGGGAAACCUGACGAAAGCAAGGAGAACAACGACAAGGUAUAUCUCGCUGUGGUGGAGGACAUCAAGAGACCGCGAAUAUUUCAUUACGAGGAAGAUCCGGAAAACGAAGAGGAGGAAGGAGAUACGCAGGCUCAACCGCCGCCACGCUCUCCCUAUAACAGUAAGUACAAUCGGCCGCUACAGAAGCCUUAUCGCGAAAGUCUUAAAGCCGCUCAAUAUUCCGAGGAAGAGGAUCAGGAAGAAUCAGAUGAACUCCCCGAGGGCAAAGAAAUAUACAUAAUCGAUCCGUCCGAGUACAAAGGAGGGGACCCACCGAUCCAAUUGUACGGAACUCCGUCGAAAUCGAGGAUUAAUUUCAAGAAAAUAAUCAGCUGGAAACCUUCGAGUUCGAGCCACAAGUCCUACGAAACUCGUCAACCGAACCGGAAGCACGACGAAAUUCCGGACGACAAUUCUCCAGACGCAAUCGCCGACGAAAUUAUCAGAACUAUAUUCGACAACGUCGACUCUCGGGUCCAAGAGUUUUUUAAAAUAUCGGCGAAAGAGGGAGACCCGGAAAAUUUCCAAGAGGAAGAUACAAAUGAAUACGAAGAGGAAUACGAAGAAAAUUGCGAGACGAGUGCGUCUUCGGAGAAGACUGGCGCGCAAGGCGUGAGAUAUCUGAGAGAGAGUGAUCGAGAUGUCUCGGAGGGAGAAACGCAAACUGAAGAUGUUUCUGACGCGUUAAUUCCUCGAGAAACUACCAUUUCGAGCGUUAAUAUUUCUGUGGAAGAUUCGAAAGAUGAAGACGCUGCGCGUGUUCGAGAACGAAGAGACGCGAACAGUGGAUCGAAAGAAUAUUUUACGUCCAUGCCCGUGACUUUGAUGCGCAAAGUAUCGGACGUAAGCCGGAAAAGUGAAUCAAAUAACUAUUUACAUCUGAAGCAGAGUUCAGAGAACAUCUCCCGUGAAAAUCCAUCCAGAUCGAAAAUUGAAAAGGCAAAAGACUAUCUCGAGCUGGUUCUUCCUAAAAAGUUCUACGGUAAAACAUUGGCGAGCAUGAAGAAACAAAUUUGUUUGACGAAAAAGAGCGGCAACGACAAAUCUAAAAAAUACGAAAAUUUCCCCAAAAAUCUGAGAAUUCUAAGUUCCUUGACAUCGAAGUCAUGUGAUCCCUUUGGUAAGAAAGACUCUGUUGAAUACACGUCGAUCGAGGUGAAUCCGAUUGUUGGAGCAAGAGAUCUGUAUAGAAAAAUUUCCAAAGACUACCAAGGUGCGUCGGACUCUGUGGAAAAAGAUCCAAAAUUGGAUAAACGUAAGGAACGUUCAGACGAUGCCUCGUACGGUGAUGAGAACGUUUCCAACAUGCAAGAACUUCGUAACGAAGAGAAAGAUAGAGAUAAUAAAGAAGUGAAUUUAGAGAAAGCAUCGUUUUCUAAUAUACUUGAAACAUUGAGGGUGUUGCCAUGGAUAAAAAAGUCUAACAGACUCCGAAGAGAAGCGAUAGAUCAAGAGACCAACGAAAAUAAUAACGCGGAGAAGGUACAGCCGUCUGAAUUGCAACAUCUUGAUUCAGAUGGAUCUUCCAGCCCAAGGAACCCGAUAUCUAGUCAGAUCGAUGACGUCGAGAAAUCGCUGAUUCAGAAGAUACCACUUGAAAAAUUCUCGACUUCGAGGAGGAAUGCCAACAAUAGAAAGAACAUCAAGAGAAACAACGAUGAUGGAUUGUCGUCUCUUUUGAAGAAAAGCAUACCAAAGUUAGGGAACGUCGUGGUGAACGGACUGAAUAAAGCGGAGAAUUUUACUGGAUCGGUGGAACAGUUAAUUAUGAAUCUGGAUGAGAAGUAUAACAAAACUUUAAAAGAGGAGCAACGAAGAGAUUCCACGAGCACUAGGUCAAUUGGUCCUACUCAGAGUGUUCUUCACAAUGCGGUGGCGAAUGUGAAGAAGAUUUUCAUACUACUUAGCGGGAUCACUAAUCUUCUUCAG